CGCCCACCCGGUACUUCCUGUUUCACCUUCCCCACAGUUUGUAUACAUUACAGUCAGUAUUGUAGAAGUCUACGAAAAGCGGCCGAAGUUCUGAAUUACACGAAUAAAAAAGCAAUUGUUCAGCACUCAUAGCACAACAUGAGUGGCAGUAUGGAAGACGAAGAAGACCCUGAGCACUCACAGGGCCCUGCACCUGCUCCCUUGGAUCUGGGAAGACUGGAGGUGGAGGCAAAGCAAGCUGCUGCGAAGCAUGUCGCCAGUUUACUGCAGAGACCAGAUCAACUGGAUAAAGUUGAUCAGUAUAAGAGAAGAGUUGCAAGGAAAAAGGCCUCAGUGGAAGCUAUGCUGAAAACUGCUGUUCAGUCCCAACUGGAUGGGGUUCGGACUGGUUUGAACCAGUUGCAGAGUGCUCUACAAGAUGUUUACCAGAUAAAACAGAGCUUGGACGAGAUUGAGGAGAACUACCGUAUCAUUGAGCCUUUACAUCAGACUCUGAAGAAACUGAAGGCGGAAAACAGCAGAUUCUGUCAGUUAUCUGCAGCUCAGGAAAAUCUGAAGCACAUCUUUACUGUCCCUGAGAGUGUGAAGAAGACGAAAGAGCUCAUCAUGGAGGGAAAGCUCUUACAGGCUCAUAAACACCUGACUGACCUUGAGAUGUCGCGAGAUGACCUUCUGCUGGCAAUGCACAAACAGCCCAACCAGAGCCCAACAGACAAAAACACGGUCAACACGUACUUCUCGGAGGUCCAGGACUUGUCCAAGGAGCUGGGCAAACAGCUGUGGGUCAUCAUUCAGCGCACGCUCAUGUCUGUGAGACGCGAGCCCACACUCAUCUGCACCGCGCUGAGAAUUGUGGAGCGAGAGGAAAGAAUGGAUGUAGCCUGGACACGUAAGUGCGAUCAGACAGGAUUCAUGCCACCAGGACGACCCAAACAGUGGCGGGCGAAAUGUUUUGAGGUCCUGGAGACUUCCAUCUCUGCCAGGAUUGAGGGUAGCCAGCUGGAGACGCGAGACCAGAACAAGAUGUGGCUGGUCAGACACUUGGAGAUCACACGCCAGAUCAUGAUAGAUGACCUCAAGGUGGUCAAGACGUUGCUGCCUCCAGUGUUCCCACCAGAGUACAACAUCGUCAAAAGAUACACCAAGAUGUACCACAAGUCUCUCUCUCUACAUCUGGAGGACAUGAUACAUCAGGAACUGGAGGGCAACGAGAUUGUUUCUCUGUUGCAGUGGGUGGGAGCAUACGACUCACCAGAAUUGAUGCGCCAUCCAGAGUUGAACAUCGAUGUGAAGGAACUAGGACCUCUCCUAGAGCACAACUUUAUUGUACAUCUCCGCAACCUAUAUCUUAAAAACAUGAAGCAGAACAUCACAGAAUGGAGCAGAAACACGCUCAAGUCAGACAUGAAGGACUGGGUCAAGGACGAGGUGCCAGACCAGGAUGGGGAUGGUUACUACAACACCCAGCUGCCGGUCAUCAUCUUCCAGAUGAUGGAACAAAACCUGCAAGUUGCAAACAUUAUCGGCCAGGAGUUGGUGAAGAAAGUUUUGGAGUUGUUUGCUGAAGAACUCAAUCGAUUUUCCAAUGAGUACAGCACGGAGCUCAAGCUUUAUGAAGAGAAACAUCUAGCAGACAGGAAGGAACCCAAGUAUUUCCUGCAUUAUUUGAUUGCCAACACUAACAACUGUGUGGCAUUUGGAGAGUACAUGAAGGAGCUCCGCAAACGUUACAUUAAGAACGAGUAUGCCGAGGAGGGAGACCACGACGAGACGGAGCAGAUCCGACGCGACCCCUUCCAACAGCUGACCGACCGCUUCCUGGUGCUGGCCAAAGAAUGCUGUGAUAUGAUACUGGAGGAACCUUUCCUUGACCUGAGAGCCAGUAACUGCCUCAAUGAACUGAUGACCCGACCCUGGAUGUCCAGCCAUAAUGGAGUGGAGACCAUUGUUGCCACUUGGGCCGACUACCAUCGGGACUUCAUCCACCUGAGGCCCGUCAUGUUUGAGACGCUGUUGUCUCGGGGUCAGCGACGUAUCGUUAAGGAGUACGUCAAAGCUCUUCUUUCAAGGAAGUUAUCAUUCAAGAACUAUGAGGAACGGAGAAGCUCAGCUGAAAAGAUUUGCUCUGAGGCGGAGAUGAUCAAAGGACAGUUUGUGGAGAUGUGUCCAAAACUGCUUGCCAUGGACACUCUGGGAGAAGAUGAGCCCUCAAGAUCUGCACCUCGUGGGAUUUUCUCGGAAAUUGGCUAACAUUCAGAUAGAUAUAUGUUAUCCCUUAAAUCAGCACUCUAUUUAUUAGGACUAAUGCCGAGCAGUGGAGACGUAUUCCCGAGGUGUUAUAUUCCACAUUUUCCUGUAAAGCAACUCGAGAUUGAUUUUCAAAUGAGACUGAACUAAGAUUCUCACAAUUGAUUAUAUUGCUAUUAUUAUUAUUAUCAUUAUUAUUAUUAUUAUAGUUAUCAUUAUUGUUUUUAUUUUUCUUAAUAUUUUUGCUAUGUGAUAAAUAAACGUGUUUUGUUACAAUGUAUUUUGUCUGUGGUUAGGUUUUUGCUUUGAGAGCAUAUCAACUACUCAGUGUAGGACUGUCAUAAGUUACUUUUUAAAACAAUAUGUGGUGUUUUUGAACAUCACUGUGUUUCAAUUUGA